GGCGCAUCUGCCAGAUGUUGGGGCGGCGGGAGCUGGGAGCCGGGAGCCGCGCGGUGGGAGCGGGGCUGGGGGCUGCGGCGGUCGUGCAGCUUGAGGCCCCCGGGCGGGCGGCCCAGCUCAGGCAUGCACAGCACUCGGCUUGACAGCUUCUUGGGCCAGCUGCGCCUGGAACUGCUGUGUGGCCGGGACACAGGCUCACCGCCCAUGCCCGGUCCCCUUCCACCACCUCCCAAACCCAGUGCAGGAAUACAGCUCAACCGCUGGCUCCAGGUUUCAGACGUCACGGAAGAGGAGUCUGUCUGCUGUGUGGAGGAAGAGGAGGAGGCUGUGGUGACAGGAGACAAGACCGUAGUCUUGGGGGGCCCCAGGGAGCAUGCCCUGGACUGGGACUCUGGCUUCUCCGAGGUGUCCGGUAGCACGUGGAAAGAGGAAGAACCAGCAGUCCCCCAGCACCCAGCACAGCCCCCCCAGAGACAACAUCUCUCGGCCAGUGGCAUCCCCCUGCGUAAGAAGGCCCCUGAGGCCAGCGUGUCCCCAGCUCACCGGCCUCGGCCCAAGUCCACCCCUGAUGCCUGCCUGGAGCACUGGCGGGGGCUAGACGCGGAGGACUGGACGGCAGCCCUGCUGAGCAGAGGCCGCAGUCGCCAGCCCCUGGUGCUGGGAGACAACUGCUUUGCGGACUUGGUGCACAACUGGAUGGAGCUGCCCGAGGCGGCGGGUGAAGGGGACAGUGGGGCUGGGCCCCGUGCCCGUGCCCGGCCCCCUCAGUUCCUGCUCGGUCUCUCUGAGCAGCUGCGGCGCCAGCUGGCCAGGGCACGGCGGGCAGCCAUGGCGGGAAAGCGGCUGUCAUGCCCACCUCGCCCAGAACCAGAACUGCCCUCGGACGCUUCACGCUUUGCAGCUCUCAUGAGCUGCCGUAGCCGUCAGCCCAUCAUCUGCAGCGAGGUUGUCAGCUACCUCUGACCCUGCCCUCCAGCCGGGACAAUAAAGGUCUUUCUCUGGA